AUGAAUCAAACUGAUCCUUACAAAUCAAAUGACCAUUUUUUACAAAGUCUAACCAAAGAAAAACAUAUUAAAGAUGAAAUUAUUGAUGCAUCGCAAACAAAAAACGAUCCAACAUAUCAAAUGAUUAUGAAAAAGCUUUCUGAAAACUUUAAAAAACGAGAAUCUUACAUUAGCAAAUCUAUGGGAAGACAAUUUGAAACAAGCAAAUCAAAUAUAUAUGAAGCAAUUUUAAAAUAUCUUAAUAAAGAUGAUGAAUUAAUCGACAAGUCAGUUUUAGAUUAUAAACGUAGAAUUGACGAUUAUGAAGAAGAGAAACUUUAUCAUUUGAGAAAUUUAAAAUCAGAAUUGGAAACAUAUGAAUCAGCCAUAUUACCAUUAUUUGAAAAUCUGAAAAAAAAUCAUCUUAAAAUUUUACAAGCAAAGCGUGAUUUUGAUAAAGAUAUGGAAGGAUUAAAAGACAUUCAUCAAUCAGAAAUAGCCACUUUACAAGGAGAAAUUAAGGCAUCUGAAAAACAAUUUGUUAAAACGUUGAAUGAUGCUUCAAUGGAAGCAAACCAAAAAUCACCAAAAUUUGCUAAAAAAUUGAAAUCACUAUUUAAAAUCUAA